AUGAAGUUUUUUAGUAGCAAACGCCAAGAGCAUGCUGCUGAAGGCGAACAUCUCGAGCGGAGAAAGACUCCCGACACGGAUGGUCGCAUCACCUUCCUGGCCUGCUUCAUGGGCGCUGUCGCAUCUCUUGGGGGGAUGAUAUUUGGGUACUCUUCUGGACAGGUUUCCGGUUAUUUCUUGAUGAGAGAUUAUGGCGAGCGAUUCGGAGAACCCGCUGGCAACGGUACAUACGAGUUCAGCGCGGCGCGACAAGGAACCAUCACCGGUCUUCUCUCUAUUGGAUGCUUAUUUGGCUCUCUCAUUGCUGGUAACCUUUGUGAUACCAUUGGUCGUCGAACUACCAUCUCUGUCUCUGCUCUCUGGACCUGUGUCGGCACUGUCAUCGAGGUCGCUUCCCAGCACGCCUGGUACCAACACGCCAUUGGUCGUCUUGUUACCGGUCUUGGAGUCGGUGCCCUCUCCGUCGCUGUCCCCAUGUACCAGUCUGAGAGUGCUCCCGCCAUCAUCCGAGGUAUCAUCGUCUCUUGCUACCAGCUCUUCGUCACCCUCGGUAUCUGGUGUGCCGAGAUGGUCAACUGGGGUACCAACCACUACGAUGGCAGCGCCUCUUGGAGAAUCCCCAACGGUCUCAACUUCCUCUGGGCUCUUCUCCUCGGAGUUGGCAUCCUCUUCCUCCCCGAGUCCCCUCGAUUCGCCUACCGCAAGGGCAAGGAGGAGGAAGCUCGCAAGACCAUCGCCAACCUUGCUGGUCUCGACAUCAACUCCCCCAGUGUCAACCGCCAGAUCGACGAGAUCCGUGAGAAGCUUGAUGAGGAGCGCUCUCUCCCCGAGACCCGCUGGGUUGAGAUCUUCACCGGUCCCCGUAUGAUGUACCGAACCCUCCUCGGUAUCACUCUCCAGGCUGGUCAGCAGCUCACUGGUAUCAACUUCUUCUUCUACUUCGGAACCACUGUCUUUGCUUCCACUGGUCUCAAGGACUCCUACGUCACCCAGCUCAUUCUCGGCUCAGUCAACUGCGCUUGCACCUUUGGCGGUCUCUACGUCGUUCAGAAGUGUGGUCGCCGUAUCUCUCUGAUGAUUGGUGCCGCCUGGAUGAUGAUGUGCUUCUUCAUCUACGCCUUCGUUGGUCACUUCGCUCUUGACCGCGCCAACCCUCUCAACACCCCCGCUGCUGGUACCGUCCUUGUUACCUUCUCUUGCUUGGCCAUCGUCGCCUUUGCUACCACCUGGGGUCCUCUUGUCUGGGCUGUCGUCGCUGAGAUGUACCCUUCCCAGUACCGAUCUCGCUGCAUGGCCAUCGCUACUGCUACCAACUGGCUCUUCAACUUCCUCAUUGGUUUCUUCACUCGAUUCAUCACUGAUGCCAUUGACUACUACUACGGUCUUGUCUACGCUGGAUGCUGUGCUGCCCUGGUCGCCAUCGUCUUCUUCUUCGUCAUCGAGUCCAAGGACCGUACUCUCGAGGAGAUCGACACCAUGUACGUCCAGAAGGUCAACCCCAUUACCUCCUCCAAGUGGGUUGGCCACAACCACGCCUCCAAGGCCGCCCGUGAGGGUGUCACCGACGAGGAAGUUUCUUCCUAA